CCGGGUCAGCGAUCGUAUAUAUAUAUAUAUAUCUUCGACUUCUGGGGUCCAGACAGCAGCAGCAGCUAUGGGGGAGGUUGUCAAUCCCGCUGUGAAGCUCGGCAUCCUGGGAUGCGCAAGCAUUGCCAGAAAGGUUUCCAGAGCAAUUCUACUAGCAGGGUCCGGGGUUGAGCUCUACGCGAUUGCCAGCCGGUCCCUGGAAAAGGCACAGGAGUUCGCCAAAGCCAACGGAUUCCCCUCUUCGGCUAAAGUCUAUGGCAGCUACGAUGAACUCCUGGACGACGACGCCGUGGACGCCGUCUACGUUCCUCUGCCGACGGGGCUCCAUUUGGAAUGGGUGCUCAAAGCGGCUGCCAAGGGGAAGCACAUUCUGCUGGAGAAGCCACUGUCGCUCAACAACGAGGAUCUGGACAAGAUGGUGGACGCCUGCGAGAGCAAGGGGCUGCAGCUCAUGGACGGGACUAUGUGGAUGCAUCACCCGCGGACCGAGCGCAUGCACAAGGAUUUGCAGGCCCUCGGGGACAUCAAAGAGGUCCGGUCGACUUUCAGCUUCCCGGCUCAAAUCCUCUUCCCGGGCUUCCUCAAGAACAAUAUCCGAGUGAAAGCCGGGCUGGACGAGCUGGGGGCGCUGGGCGAUAUCGGCUGGUACUGCAUCCGCGCCAUCUUGUGGGCGCUCGACUACCGCCUCCCGGAUCUCGUGACGGCCUUGCCCAACGCCACCAUCAACGAGAGCGGCGUGAUCACCGCCUGUUCCGCGAGGAUGGUGUGGAUAAAGAAGAAUCGCCAGGACGAACAGGACGAACAGGAAGAGGGCGAGACAACAGUGGCGACAUUUAGCUGCUCCUUCCACGCCUUCAUGACAAUGCACGUCACGGUGCAGGGCACGACGGGCGCGCUCGCGUGCGACGACUUCGCCAUACCCUUCAGCGACGCGCGGGCGGCGUACCGGGUGCUGUCCAAUGCCGGGUUCGCGGACAUGGAUCUGACGUGGCGGCUGGAGUCGCGGGACGUGGUGGUGGACAACGAGGUGCCGCAGGAGGCGGCCAUGGUGCGCGAGUUCGCGAGGAUCGUGUCCGGGAUCAAGCGCGGUGGCGGCGCGGUGGAGCGCGGGUGGCACGACAAGGCCAAGAAGACGCAGGCGGUGCUGUGCGCGGUGAGAGACUCCAUCGCUGCGGGAUACAAGACGAUUUCACUGUCCUAGGACAAUACGUCGGUACUACCCCUUCAAAAAUAACAGUUACCUGUUUUGUUUUAGACCAUGAUGUCCGUACUAUUAAAUAAAAAAAUGAAACCAUCAUGUUCGUACCA